AGUUUUUAUCUUCAGUACAUGGGUGAGUUUGCCAUAUCUGUUAAAUGACACGCAUGUGGGUAUGUGUAACAACAAAAUCAGAGAAUUAUCCAGAGCUUUGUAGACAUUUGUACCAGUGUACGCCACCAAAAAGCGUUCACCGAUGAGCCUGAACGCGUCGUCAGUCCGGGACCAGGGGGCGUAGGUUUGACCGGCUUCUGGGAGGCUCAGACACAAUGAACCGUCAGACAGUGAGGGGCACGCAUGUUGGACCGGGAGAAUUAGCACGGUCUUAGUGUGUUAUUUCAUGUAAACGUGCCGUUUCUUUGUUUUAUCCAGUGAUUCUCAAGCUGCUGAGACGCUGUAUGGCGGUAACAAGUCUCUGCUGGAAGCGGUUUGUUCGUCCAGUUUGAUGAAAACGAGGUCGGGAUCAGACGAACGUUACCGUUAGCCCCUCCUGGUCGAUUGUUUUUUAACUCUUUUUUAAGCUAAAUACAACAAAGCAAAGUAGAUAACGAUGUCGCUGAUUGCGUCGUCUGAUUAUUUCGCUGCCGAGUGUCUGGUAUCGAUAUCUAGCGGUCCUGUUCUACACAGACCCACCCCGGUCGCCCCCGCCAACCAGCCUGCCUCGGUGGGCCUGCUCCCCGGGGAGCCCGAAGGGUCGAGUGAGGACAGGGAAGUGCGGGACACGCUGAGGCUGGAGGGAGCUAACGUGGUGGCGGUGGCCGGUAUCCUCACCGACCUACACGGCAAGUUCCGCCCGAUGUCGGCCUAUUCGGAGAACAGCAACUCCUCGUGUGGUGGGGAGAGCGGCUACACCACGUUGUCCGACCCGACCACCCCUACCAUGACCCCCACCGCCACCCCGGUCCCCGGACAGCAGCACCAGCAGCGGGCCGGGGGAGCAGGAGGAGGGCUGAAGCGACACCGGUGCACUUUUAACGGAUGCGACAGAGUUUAUGGGAAAUCUUCCCACCUGAAGGCACACAUCCGGACGCACACAGGUGAGAGGCCCUUCCCGUGCGUCUGGCCUAACUGUGUGAAGAAGUUUGCCCGCUCCGAUGAGCUCGCCCGCCACACUCGCACCCACACAGGGGAAAAGCGCUUCCAGUGCCCGCUGUGCAACAAGCGCUUCAUGCGCAGCGACCACCUGAUCAAGCACGCCCGCCGUCAUCCCGACUUCAAGCCAUCCAUGUUGGGGCGCAACAGGGGCGCGUCCUCGGCUUCUGAUCCGGACGUGCACAAUUAGGGUGGCGUGGGUUUGCUGUGCACUGGCAUUGACGGGAGCACAAGACGGUCAACCUUAGUUCAAGUGAACCGACUACAAUCAGAUCCACUAGUUAGGACUUAGCAUUGCUGUGUUGCACUAAAAACAAAUGUGCACGUACACACAAACAUACACACGCGGCGCUGGAUGCGUCUCUGUGUCCACACAGUUGAGUCACAUGAACACUGUCCACCCACUCAACAACAACCAGGGUUGGGUUUGAAAAUUGUUACGAACCUAAGAGAACCGGGGACUCGUUAAGAAAUGCGGCUUUUGGUUCCACUUGUCGUUUCCUGAAAGCAAGACUUUGGACCUAUUGUGCUUCCAUUUGCAUCGGCAGUUACAUGAGCAUGUGUGUGUGAUGUUUACAGUAUGGCAGACUAGGCUAAGCCUCAGAAAACCCAAUAAUGAUAGAGUGAAAUGUAAUCACUGCAGUUAAGGAAAGUUAGAGGCAUGAAGGUAGACUUACUGCAGGAUGAUCUGAGAAUGUAGUUUUUACUGUCCUGCAUCAGUAGCAGUGAUAUUAGACCACAAAAGAGUUUUGUGGAUGAGAUCCCAAGAAUUUAAUGCCAGGUAAAUCACAUAAGAGUUGCAAAAGUCCCAGCAGGCCUUGGAAAAGUACUAAACGGUGUUUUGCAACAUAGCCCGCUGAAAUAAAAAUCAGUACGUUUUAACUGCCAUAGAAGUGAAACACACACAGCUAGCACAAAUAUUGUAUUUCGUUUAAACCAAAAAAAUCAAAUCAAGAAUACCUCGUUGUGGAUAACCACCUGAUGGCAGCAUACGUUUAUCACAGGAAUUCUUUUUUCUGCCUUUCGUAAAAUUUUGAUCUCAGGAUUCGAUAAGAACGAGAAUCACGAAGCAGAUUUCAGUCGAUUAAAAUCAAACCCAACCCUGAAGGUAACGUCAUCGUCUCAAACUGAAACACUUUCACAGAUUGCAGGGAUUUCUUUUUCAUAUUGUCUGUACAAAUCUGCACAUUCAUCAUCAUCAUCAGCCAAAUAAUCCUCUCUGGUUUUCUUGUGGUUCAUUUCUACCUUGUCAGUAACCUUUAUUUACCAUGAGUAGCACAAUAUUGGGAUAUUAGAUAGCGAGGCGAUGGAUAGACGCUUUUUAAAAAUCUUUUUGUUUGUUUGUAGCUUUGCUGAUAUUAAGUUAUAGCGGUGACACAUUCCUUCAUGUUUUUUUAAUACUGCUUCAGUAACCAUCUCCGUUGAAGUCAAUAUUUUUUCACAUAUAUCCAGUUCAAGUGUAGAUCAAAUACUCAUUUUAGCCUGAAAGUGGAUCGAAUUUCAAUGUAGAAGAGUUGUUUGCACGCCAUCAUUAAGGCUCCACCAGUUAUCAUCAAUGAAAUGCUGACACAUAAUACACAGCAGUAUUAUGUCUAAACCUGAUGCAAAUGUAUAUAAGCUUUAAGCUUUUAAUGUAGAAAAAAAAUGGUAAUGCUACUAGCAGGAGAAAUAAUACACGUGAUGAAUUGUAGUCCUUAUAUUAGGGGUAACAUACAGUACGUAUGCUUGAUAGAAUGGCAUUGCCUGUGAGUGUUGGUGUGUGCAGUUUAUUUAGAUUUACCUUUUUUUUUUUUGUAGUGACAGAAAUGAGAAAUGUUUUGUAUGCAAGUUGAUUUUUAAUUUUGUUUUUUCGUUUUGUUUUUAAGCCUGCUGCCUUCAAAGUAAAAGCAUUCACUUCCUCAUCGAGGGUUUGGAGAAAGAUGACAAAAUAUAGACACGUGCCAGUUAUUUCUUUUAACAGCAGAUAAAUCAGUCUUAUGAGUAGCAUCGGGAUAGGGGGGGCAAAAUCUUACUGUAACUGAUUAUGUGGAAACCAAAAACAAAUUCUGAGAAGAUUAGAUCAGUGGAACGUUUUUUUUUUCCUCAUCUACACAGUAUAGAUGUGGGCUGUGCAGUCGUGUCACUGAAGCAGCCAUCAAUAAUACUUGGGGAUGCACUGAUUGUGAAAUUCCAGGUCGGUUCCAAUGUCGGAAAAACAAAAAAUUUCCCCGAUAUCCAAGCUCGUGUGUUUAGUUUUUGUUGUUGUUUAUUAACUCUUUUAUGCCCUGGAAACAAAGUAGAUCCCAGUUAAUUUGACACAACAGAUAACGAUCGGUAGAUUCAGUCUUAUAUCAGUCAUCGGCCAGUCACAGUUUUUGCUUGUAUAUCAGUGCAUCCCUGAUGAUAAAAGUUCCACCUGUGUUUGAUUUGAAUAGUGAUACACAAAUGUCGAUUUGAUUGGAACCUGUUCGGUAGAUUUAGGGAUGCUGGCACCUAAAUCUAUAUGAAAUGAUCAGAUUUCAGGAAUGAACCCAUCCAAAAUAUUAGAUCCACCAUUUACCAAAUCAGUCGAACCUGUAAUGUAUUUUAUGUACUUAUGACCCACUUGUAGUGUCCAGGUCUGAAUAGAGAGUGUGUGUGUGCGUGUGUUAUUUCUUUUUUUAAUAUUUCCACUGUUUGUCCCGCUUAUGGACAUAUUCCUUUAACUCAGUGAACACUUCUUCAGGAAACUUUGAAAGCCUUAAACUAUGUCAUAACUACUUUGCACCAUGUUUACAGUUGGAUCAUUGUAUAGGUAUGUGUGCCCUCUUGCAGGCGCAUAACAGAAACUCAUUAUGCAAUAAGCACUUUUUUCUCACAGGUAUAUUUUGCUGGAUAGUAUAAUGGCUUGCACUGUUACUGUGUUACUCCAAGUGGGCACUGUGGAACUUUGUGUUGAUAACCAGUGGUUUUUAAAAAGACAAAACAAAAAAACCUGCCUUUUCCUUUCCUUAUCUUUGUGUUUUCUCAGUCAUCCAGGCCAUCUCUUUUGUUGUGUAAUGUGUCUAGAUGGGAUUGGCUUCCCCAGAUCUGUUUCGCUUUCCUCCACAUUAAGAUCGGCGCGAUUGUCUCGCUGAUUCGUGUCACGCCGUCUUCGUUUUCCCGUCGAUUUCAUUUUAAUUGGAGCCGUUUUCUUUGAAGUGAAUGCCGAGCUUUUGAAAGUUUUCGGUUGCUGCUGGCAGUGACCUUGAACGAGUGGACUGUUUAUCAGAGGAGCAAACGCGUCUGAUAUAGACUCUCAAGCUAUAUUGUCACAAGAAGAACAUACCUCACAGUCAAAACAGUUGUUUUUGUUUCUGCAGUGUCUGUGUAAAAUCCAUCCAACCAGUCUUUCAGAAAUUCCUAUAAAACCAUCGAGCCUUGGAUUUUUAAGAAAAGAGUUGUUUUUAUCAGCCAGAUGGCCUGUUACGUACCCUCGUCCUUACUGACUCAAUAUGCAACCCCUUUACUACUUGUGUAGCUGCUUCUUCUUUUCCUCAGUGACCUGUUGUUGUGAAUAGACAGUAGCAGUUUAAUCUCCACAGUCAUUAAAGCUCAGAUCUACAAAGGGUUAAACUUCACUACUCGCUGGAGCAGAAGUUGAAAAAGGGGGCAAUUAAAUACAAAGUAAGAAUAUUUGCAGACUGUCAUUUCACUGAGAAUGAUGAUUGAAUAUGUUCAAUCCAAAAUCUGUUUGCUCACAUCACUGAAUGUGGCUUGGAGUUGAGUCCAUUUCGGAUUGAAUUUUUGCCGCGCCGCCUCACCAAGAGCUGGGGACAAAAAGGCAUUUUCUUUUUCUUUUUUUCUUGUCACCACACUAUCUCAGAUAUGCACAUUGUACAGAAAUGGAUGUUCUUCUUCUUUUCUUUUUUUUUUUUAAAAUUGAUGCUAAUUUUUACAUUAAUGUAAUUUUUUAAAAAAGUCCUCUUAUCAAAGCUUUAGUUAAGGUAAAUGGGAGGAACCGUGGAACUAAAUAAUUGCUGCAGCAAGCUGUUUUGAUAUUUAUAUUCUCAGGUGUCUUAAAUUUUCGGCAUUGGAGUUUCAAUAUUUCCUGUGCGACACAGAAGUACAAAGCAUGGUUUUGUUUCUUAUGUUAUGCUGAUUAAUUUAUUACAUAUCGAAAAACUUAUAUGGUUUGUGUGGUUUAAUUAUUCUUUUCAUAACUCAUUUUGUGAUAUGGAACAGUACUAAUAUUAAAUGUUUCCAAUGUUUGCUUGACCUGUGCUAUUUUUAAGAAAUAAAAAUUCUUAAGUUCA